UUUUUUUAGAUGGAAGCUGAAUCCCCCGUUCCUUCACUUCUCCUCCUCCUCCUGCUGUUGCUGCUCUUGUGUCCUGUGUGUGUUUUGGGAAGAUGUAUCUUUGAUGAGGUACAAAGCUCAGUCAGAGUGGUGUCUUUACCCAUUACUCUGUCAGACCUUUCAGACCGGCCCUUAAAUCAAGCUGAGGUGCCCCCCCUCUCUACUAAAGACAGUGGCUCACCUCUUCAGACCACCCAGAAGACCCAGGAUGCCACAUCACAACAUCUUCAGUCUCAUAGGUUUAGAAGAAUGGAGAAAAAUUGGAUUAGAGAUGUUGUUCAACCCGAGCCAAUCAGAAUCAAGAUGUGGACUUUGAGGGAAAGCCCCACUCUCUCACACUGGGAAAGAGAGAGAGUGGAAGCAGCAGUUAGUGAAGCCAUCAGCACUGUCUCCAACCUUCUCUCAGUUAGGCGGGUUCCUGACAGACUCCUGCUGAACAGAGACAUAAACAAGUACUGCAGGUUCAUCUGGAGAAACAGCAGCUCUGCCAACUACAACAGGUGUGGUAGAGCCAAUGAGAAAUACAGAGCUGAGAGUUGCCUGGGUGUGAAUAUCCCAGAAGACCACUUGAGGGGCUAUACCGUCUAUCCACAUCCUGACCUGCCAAACUUGAAAGUGCUGAAGCCAGACGGGAUGGGGGUCCCAGACUCUGACUUCCUGCUCUACAUGCACACUCAGAGCACUGAGAAAUGUAGAGCUGAUUCUAGUGUGCUGGCGUAUUCUGCUCACUGUCAGACUGACACAGACGGACGACCUGUGGCAGGGGUCAUGGUUAUUUGCAGAGAGUCACUGCGUGCGGAUCAGUUCAGUCAUGAACGCUUGGUGCAGACUGUGAUCCACGAGUUGUUCCACAUGCUGGGUUUCAGUAAGGAGCUCUACCGCACAUGGAGAGACUGCUCUCUCUCGCCACAGAGUGUUGCCUGCACUUUUCGUGGUCAUGUGACCAACACAGAUGAAACAGGACAGAUGAGGCUCUACUCUCCUAGUGUUAUAAAAUCUCUACAUACACACCUGAACUCCACACACACUGAACUGGGAGCUCCACUGGAGAAACAGGAUGCUGGUCCAGGUGGUGUUUCCUCUCACUGGGAGGCUCGUGUUCUGCAAGGUUCCAUCAUGAUGGCCACAUUGGGAGAUCCCUCUCUGUUUCAGAUUGACCCAGUCACCCUCUCAGCUCUUCAGGACACUGGCUGGUACUCAGUCAAUUUCAGUCAUGCACAGAGUCUGCUGUGGGGAGAAGGAGAAGGUGAUUCUUUUGGAUCUCUUUCCACCUGCAACAAUUCCUCGUCUUUCUUCUGCACAGGCAGUGGACUAGGCUGCCACUACCUUCAUCUCCACAAGGGGGAGUGUCAGAGUGAUGAGUAUCUGGAGGGCUGUCGCAUUUACAAACCUCUGGCUAACAGUAGUGAGUGUUGGAAAGAGGAGAAUGAAAGAAAGACUGAAGUGGAGAACUGGAGUGGAGAGAUAUAUCACUCAGACAGCCGCUGUUUUCUCUCCAGUCUCAUCAGACAGAAUCAUCCUUCUCCCAGUGUGUCUGUGGAAGGUCGCUGUUAUAGACACAGGUGCACUGGCACCAACAUGUAUGAGAUCCAGGUUGGAGGUUCUGAUUGGCAUGACUGUCCAGCAGGAAAGAGUAUUGAGGUGGUUGGUUAUUGUGGUGCAGUUUUCUGCCCUGACAAAAGAUUAUGUCAUCAAUAUGAUGUCCUUCCUCCUGCCUCUACCCAUAAACCACAUGUUCCAGCUCAGAUUUCCACUAAAGCUCCAUUCAGCGAGAGGAAUCACACACUUUCACAUCAACUGCUGACUUCUUACACCAGCCUGAACUCUAAACCUGCUCCUCACUUCUCCACCUCUACAGUCAAGGCAGGAAUGAUCGUGGCACCAGUUUUGGGCAUAACUACAGUUCUGUUUUUAUUGGCUUUUCUGAUCAGAAAGUGCUGCUCAGACAGUGUCAGAGUGCAUGCUUUCAUAGAGACUCCUCAUGUGAUGCAGUUACAGCCUGCCUAAUGUCAAUAGAGACACUGAUGAAGGAACCAGUCAACAAGAAGGAUCAACAGAUCAACAAACUUUCACAAAUUUCGCAUCACACUAGUCUAAUUUUAGAAUCAGAAAAGUGAUCAUAAUUAAAUUAUACUUUCACCUGUGUGAAGCUUAUGUUAUGUGGCAGCAUAGGGUAACCAGAACUGAUCUGGAAUUAUCUGCAGUGGAUUCCUAGUAGAGUUUCCAAGAGUUUGGAGAUUGCCCUGUUUAAACACACAUACUAAACAUGGCAAAUUACUUUUCUUAUGUAAUUACGUUUUGUUGUAUAAAAGCCACACCAGAUAACAUAAUAGUUGGACCUAAUACUAUGAAAAUUGAGUGGAAUUCUUCUGUCUUGGUUGACCACCAUCUGCAUUGUAAUUUCCGUACUGAUUGUUUUGAAGUUUGAGUCUGUGUUACGCAGCCUGACUCUCCUUCCACACUACCGGACUCCGUUUCCCAGAAUCCUAUGUUUUAUGACGUCACCGUCAGUCGCUCUCCUUCGCCCAAUCACGUUACGCUCCGACGCUCAGAUUCACCUGUGUUCUGAGGAAGUUCCGGGUUAUGCUCAUCAUGUAUUUUGUAUUUAAGGCUGCAUUAUGUAUUCUAUCUUCGCGAGGUAUUGUCGACUUUGGUUGCAUACUAAGCGUUUCUCAUGUGUUCUUCUAUUGCCUCCUCGUUAGGACUCUGUUUUCUGGUUUAUCGGUUUAUGUCUCUUGUUUUGCCCCUUUUGGAUUUAAUGCUUGGUUGGUCUGUCUUUUGGUUACGAACACGGACUGUUAAUACGACUACGGCUUUGGUUUCUGGUGAGAUUAUUGUUUGUUUGGCUUUAACAUCUGUAAUAUCUGAUUGUCAGCCUGUAAGUAAACCUGUCUGUUCAUUUUA